ACCUCAUCAAGGAAGAUAUUGCUCUUUUAGUAUGGAUGAGAUGAAAGAAACCAUGAACAUGUUCUGGAAUCAAUGUUAUGAAAAAACCAAAGUUGAUCUUCAUAAAAGGAAUCGAGAAGUAGGAGAAAGUAAACUAAGGUUUCAGUCCCAAGUUAUGGAAGUAUUUCAUCAGAAGGCAGCAGAGGAAAAUAAUCGUUACAGUUCACUCUUAACAAGCCUUCGUAACCAGAACCUUCUCAUUAGACGUCGAUGGCGCUUAAUUAAACUUUACUUAACAGGGCCUUGUGGACCAUGGGCCUAUAGGUUAAAACAAGAACAGCACUGGAAGCUUUCUCAUUGUGAAAAUUUUGCUAGAAUGAGACUGAAAUUAACAUUCAACUUUAAUUUUGACAUACACAAGAAGGCUACCCGACUUCGUGAUAAUCAAGGUACCAACCAACAGUCAAGCUUAAGCAGUCUACCUCCUGUUGCCCAGGAAGCUAGAGUAUCUCACCAAGAAGAGGACUCUUUGCAGGAAGAAGAACUACAGAGCAUAAAUGCAUCUGAAAUUGAAGGACCAGAUGCAUCUGGAAAAGUGGUAAUAUCAGAAGAUUGUGAACUGGUAACACUAAUGUCUAGAGUGAAAGGUCGUUUUGAAGUAACUAGCUCCCACAUGUAUUUUCUUGACAUGUCCCCAAUCAGAGAAGAAGGGGAACGUUAUGAUUUCAAGUACUCACUUGCCCAGCUGAGAGAAGUUCAUCUCAGGCGUUACAAUCUCAGACGUUCUGCUUUGGAAUUCUUCCUCAUCGACCAGAGUAAUUUUUUUCUUAACUUCACUCAAAAGACGAGAAACAAGAUCUACAGCCGAUUAAUUGGUCUUAAACCUGUGAACUUGUUCUACAGUCAUGGAAUAAGGUCACCAGCUGAGCUUUUAAAAGCUUCAGGUUUAACACAAAAAUGGGUUCAAUGUGAAAUUUCUAAUUUUGAGUACUUGAUGCAGCUAAAUACAAUUGCUGGACGUACAUACAAUGACCUAAGCCAGUACCCAGUUUUUCCAUGGAUACUGGCAGACUACACAUCUGAAGAGCUUGACUUAGAAAACCCAGCAGUGUUUAGAGAUCUUUCGCGACCAAUUGGAGUAGUUAAUCCCAAGAAUGUCUCAGAAGUUAAAACUAAAUAUGACCACUUUGUUGACAUCACAGGGAUGGUGGAAAAAUUCCAUUAUGGAACCCAUUACUCCAAUUCAGCAGGAGUUGUUCACUACAUGGUCAGGAUGGAACCAUUUACAUCACUUCACAUUGAACUCCAAAGUGGCCGAUUUGAUGUAGCUGAUCGACAGUUCCAGUCCAUAGAAGCCACCUGGCGAAUGUUAAUAGAAAAUCCUAAUGAUGUUAAAGAACUUACUCCAGAGUUUUACUUUCUGCCUGAAUUUCUUGUUAACAUGAAUGGUUUUGAUCUAGGAAGACUUCAAGGGACAAAGGAAAAAGUUAAUGAUGUCAAGUUACCAGUCUGGGCAAAGUCUCCUGAAGAUUUUAUCUAUAAACACAGGAAAGCUUUAGAGUCGGAAUACGUUUCAUCACACAUACAUGAGUGGAUAGACUUGAUCUUUGGCUACAAGCAGAAAGGACCUGCAGCAGUUGAAGCCCUAAAUGUAUUUUAUUAUGUUUCUUAUGAAGGUGCUGUAGAUCUUGAUGCUAUUAAAGAUCCAAUAGAACGAGCAGCUACAGAAGGCAUGAUUAAUAACUUUGGUCAAACACCUUGCCAGUUGUUAAAGGAACCUCAUCCAAAAAGAAUGUCUUUUGAAGAAGCUAUGCUAAGGAUGUCAAAGGUUGAGACUCGUCCCCCAAGUUUGUUCUUAUUUUUACAGAAUCUGAAGGUGUUUUUUAUUGAGGCUUCUACUAGCAGCAGCCCACUGGUGUUUGUUGCUGUACCAAGAAGUCCUGCUCGAUCCUUCAUUCAACAUGGAAUGUUAGAAGCUUUAGUGACAGUGGGACAGAAUGGAGUUGUUGGAGUUCAUGGUUGGCUUCCUUAUGACAGAUCCAGGUUAAUUCCCAACUACUUCACAUUUGAAAAGGACCCAACACUGUCAAAUAACAAGACAACUAGACGUGUGUCUGGACCAUUUCAGCCUGGCCUAGAAAUCACCAGCAAGCUUUUUGUAGUUACACAUGAUGCCAAGUAUAUCAUUAGUGGUGGUCAUUGGGAUAACAGCCUUCGUGUGUUUAGCUUAAGUAAAAACAAGGUUGUUAGUCAUAUCGUCAGACAUAUUGAUGUCAUUACUUGUCUUGCUAUAGACCACUGUGGAAUACGACUAAUCUCUGGGUCUAGAGACACAACAAGCAUGGUUUGGGAAAUAAACACAUUGGGAAAUUCAGGAAAUCUUAUCACAGCCAAACCUUUAAAAGUUCUGUGUGGGCAUGAGAGUGAGGUCACGUGUGUGGCAGUUGCCACUGAACUGGACAUGGCUGUUACAGGCUCAAAGGAUGGAAGAGUGAACAUCCAUUCUUUGAUUGACGGCUUGUUCUUUCACACCCUGGUGCCACCUGAAACUAAUAUUUCACAUGAGGUUACUCAACUGUCAAUUUCUGACAUGGGAUACAUUUGUGUUUUCUACAAGUCUACAGAAACUGAAAAGGUAAAUCAUCAUUUGGAUGUAUUUUCCUUGAAUGGAAAUCAUCUUAGUGAGACUGAAGUGGGAACUGUGCUUAGAGACAUCACUGUCUGUGGAGACUAUAUAAUUACGGGUAGUGAAGAUGGAACUCUUACUGUCUAUGAAACAUUUGGGUUGAAGCCAUUUACAACGUUGUCUCUGCAUCUCCCAAUCCUUGCUGUUACCGUCACUCCUAGCAAAUCUCACAUCUUGGCCAGUUUGCAAGAUGGGAAGUUGAUAGUUGUUGGUGUUUCAAUCGCUUCAAACCAGAGAUAAAUCUUCUGUGUGUGAAAGACUUUGGCUGUUAUGUGUUGAAUCUAGACAUUGUUUAAUAUAUUUAUGAACUAGGUCUUAUAUGUAUAAAUUCUUGAUACAUAUAAAUUUGAAUUCAUACUUACAUCAAAGGUGGUAUGUAGUUUAUAAAAAUGUUGUCUAAAUCACCAAAUUACAGGCUUGAAUGGUUAACAAAGUUACAAUCUGUACUUUGAUUUGUAUGUUGUACAUUUUUGCCUUAAGUACUUAUAUAAAGCUGAAAAUAGUUUGUUGUUUUUUCAUUGAUAGUUCAAUUAUGUAUUCAAGGCUGGACCUUGAUAACCUCUAGCAAAGUUUCUUCCUGUUGAAAUCUGAUCACAUUUAAUCAUACAUCAUGUACUUUUAAUUAGAGAAAGAUAAAUGAGCCUAAAUGUAAAGCAAAGUACUGAUGAUGGAAAUGAGAACAUCCUGCGUUUCUUCUCUUAUAUGGCUGGUGAUUACCUUUAAUACUAGACAUUCGUAACUUGUCUUAUAUUUUCUCUAUAUAAUUGCUCAUUCUUUCUUGAAUAGCAUGUAUAACUGCACAUCCUGUUACUUUGUAGAUUCUGUACUAGUCCAAACAGUUAAAAAAUGAUUUUAUGUUCAUGUAAUUCAGGUGUUUUGUGGUAUAUUCUGCAGUUAAAACAUCCUUUUUGCUUUUCUUCUACAUCUGGAUAUUCUCUUUAGCACACUGUUUACAGUUGACAUUCUCUUUUACAAAUUCUUAGUUAGACAUUAUCUUCUGCUGGUCUCAUUGGGCUGUGCAUUAUCUUCUAUGUAAUAUAAGUAACUUGUAUACCUAUGGGUCUACUUUUUCUUACAUCUGGACACUAUGAUUACUUUGUACACAUGGGCUACCUUGUGCACUUAUCCUAUGUUUCUUGACCACCUUUUGUAAAGAUGAAUAUCUAAUCGCUUGUAAUUUGCAAACCUGGAAAUUCUCUUUGUAAAUAAUAAGAGAUGAAGAUUUACUAAUGU